AUGGACUGCUUGGUGGUGGACCGGCUGAGUUACGAGCGGAUGAAGCUCGAGACGGAACAGUUCAGGGCUCGUGUCCAGGAACUGGAGCGCGAGAACGACCUCUUCCGCAACGAACUGCAGCUCAUGAAGAAGUUGUGCGAAACUGUGGAACAGCUGCGACAGAGUCAGGACAAGUGCAUCCAAUGCGUGCGCCAACAGUUCCGCAUCCAAGAGACCCCCUAUGACCGCGAGAUCAGUGUCUACCACACGGAGUACGCGAGCAUCAAGUCCAUGUUGGCACAGUUGGGCCUUUUAAACACGUGCCACGCGUUGAGCGCCGCCACUAAUGGUGCCGACGCGUCCGUGGUUACCGCCGAUGAACUCGUCUUGACCACCACCGCCACUGUGGAUCAGCUGUGGACUACUGCCACCUCUGGUGCCACUAUUGUGGUGACCGACGCCCAGCAUUUGGAUAAUCCCGACAGUUAUCUGUGCGCUGACGAGGAUCUGGACACUAGUAGUUUGGCUGAUAAUACCAGUCCCGAUGUGACUCAUGUGUUGAUUACCACAAGUGAUGUCAAGUCUGCGGCUAAACGUAAAGCGCAGACAAAGAGGACUAAAACCUGUGCGGUGAUGUCGGGCGAGAAGAAGCACAAGUGCUCGUGGAGUGGGUGUCAGUACGCGACCGACAAUCGCGGGAACUUCCAGAAGCACUACCGCAUACACACCGGCGAGAAGCCAUAUAAGUGCCAAUACGAGAGCUGUCUAUACAGUUGUUCAGACCCGGCCCGCUUCCGAGAGCACAAACUCAUCCACUCGACUGAGAAGAGCUACGUGUGCGAGUGGCCCGGCUGUACCUGGAAGUUCAAGACACAUAAGCUACUUAAGAACCACAUCAAGGCCUGUCAUACGGGCGAUAAGCCACACAAGUGCGAGUGGCCCGGUUGUGAGAAGCAGUUCCUGAACAAGUACGAGGUGCGGGAUCACAUGCGCCAACACACGGGCGACCGGCCCUUCAAGUGCGAGUACCCGGAAUGCAACGGCGCCUUCGCCCGAAGCAAUACAUUGACGCAACACAUCCGGGAAGUCCAUUACUAUAAGAAGCAGUUUUUCUGCGAUUACAGCGAUUGCGACGCCAGAUAUGACAGAGUGGAUGAGCUCAAGACACACAUCAGGGAUAAGCACUCGAAACAGCCGGCGCUCAACGAUAGCCAGUCCUCCUCGUCGUCGUCGCGAGUGAUUGAUUUGAAUCACACGUCAAAAGCAGUUAAUAAAUAGAGACUUUUUUUGUGACACGUUUUAGGAAACCGUUUUUUGGUC